CUCUCUCUCUCUCUCUCUCUCUCAGUGCGAAGUAGUACUAUCAUCUCUACACUACACCUGCGGUACGCCACAAAACCGACACUUGCCGGCCUGUAUCCUUGACGUGCGCCGGGGCCUGCAUAUCGUGCGCCGCCGGCGCGCAGUUGCCAAAUGAGUAAAUCAUUGGCCGCCCUUCUAUUGCUCUUUGCGGCUCUUGCCGCCACGACUGCUUUGGAAGAUUCGAAGUUGUCCGAAGGCAGAGCCGCCAAUGCAACCGACAUCGACUCCAAUGGGAAUAAGACUACCCAGAAAGAGGAUACCUUCGCUGAUAUGAUCGAUCGCGCUCUUGAGAAGGAGUUCACGGAGAAUGAGGAUCAGAACCAAGCGAAUGAUGCUGGUAGCUUCAACAAUAGUGUUGCUGAGCAGCAGAAGAAAAGGCAAAGAUUCUUUGUUGUGGUGUGUGAUAUCAAAAUUUCUGCUAUAUUCUUAGCUUACUCUGUUUUUCUUGAUAAGGCUGUAUUGGAAACUGUAGCUAGAGUCAAGUCUAAGAAAAAUGAGACAAAGGAGGAAAAGUCCUUUAAACUUCAUCAAGUCUUCAAUCUGGACAAUGACAAUGGGGCCGAAGAGAUUCCGACAUUGAUUGAUAGAAAGGAUAAUGUGUUUAUUAUAUCAAAUUUCAAAUCCAAAUAUCCAGUGCUGCAGUUAGACUUGAGGCUCAUAUCGGAUCUGGUUGUUGUUAUUGUCUCUGCAACAUGUGGUGGAAUUGCUUUUGCUUGUGCUGGACAACCGGUUAUUACCGGAUACUUACUAGCAGGGUCAGUUGUAGGACCUGGAGGUUUUAACGUUAUCAGUGAAAUGGUGCAAGUUGAAACAGUGGCUCAGUUCGGUGUGAUUUUCCUUCUCUUUGCUCUGGGCCUGGAAUUCUCCACAACAAAGCUUAGAGUUGUUCGUGCAGUUGCUGUUCUUGGAGGGUUACUCCAAAUUCUCCUUUUUAUGUGCUUGUGUGGAAUUAUAGCUUCGUUAUGUGGUGGUAGAUCUUCUGAGGGUGUAUUUGUUGGUGCCUUUCUCUCGAUGUCCUCUACAGCAGUGGUAUAUAAGUUUUUGAUGGAGAAGAACAGUACUAAUGCGCUUCAUGGUCAGGUGACUAUUGGCACUCUGAUUUUACAGGACUGUGCUGUGGGGCUAUUGUUUGCUCUACUUCCAGUUCUGGGUGGAACUUCUGGUAUUAUGCAAGGCGUAAUAUCCAUGACAAAAUCGUUGGUGGUGUUGAUUGCUUUCUUGGCAGUUUUAACGAUAUUGUCACGUACAUGUGUACCCUGGUGCCUAAAACUUAUGAUAAGCUUGUCAUCCCAGACUAAUGAGCUUUAUCAAUUGGCGUCAGUGGCUUUUUGCCUACUUGUAGCCUGGUGUAGUGACAAGCUCGGUCUUAGUUUAGAGUUGGGUUCAUUUGCUGCUGGAGUUAUGAUAGCAACGACUGAUCUUGCUCAACACACGCAUGAACAAGUUGAACCUAUUCGCAACAUGUUUGCAGCUCUCUUUUUGGCUAGCAUUGGGAUGCUGAUCCAUGUUCAUUUUCUGUGGAACCAUGUUGAUAUCUUGCUUGCAUCAGUUAUAUUAGUGGUUGUCGUUAAGACACUAGUAAUUUCUGGUGUUGUCAAGGGCUUCGGCUACAACAAUAAAACUUCACUUCUUGUUGGGAUGUCUUUGGCACAAAUAGGGGAAUUUGCCUUUGUACUGCUUAGUCGUGCCUCAAAUCUUCAUCUUGUUGAGGGGAAAGUGUACCUGCUACUUCUUGGAACGACAGCUCUGAGUCUGGUAACUACCCCAUUGCUUUUCAAGUUAAUACCAGCAGUUUUGCACCUUGGCAUAUUGUUACGUUGGUUCUCACCUGACAGUCCAACUGAGGUAGAACAAGUUGAGAAUGACUCGGAUACACCUGAAUCGUCGCGCGAGACCUGCGAGAACUCAAUGCGGGGAGGUGUUUCCGGCGAAGAGCGUCCGAUGCUUAAGAGUAGGGUUGUACCUCAGUCCCCUUUUAUAGUGGGAAAUAAUUGCCCAAACUUGCUUGCCCGAACUGCCUUCGACCUCACCGAAUCCUCCUCACUGGGAUCUCCUCACCAAGACAUCCUUACCGCAAUCUCUUCAAUGAAACCUCUUCACCGCGAUUUCCUCACCAAGACCUCACCGCGGUCUCCUCACCGAGACCUCCUCACUGCAAUCUCCUCACUAAGACCUCCUCAAUGCGAUCUCUUCACUGAGACCUCCUCACUACGUGGUCCAAAGAAAAUAUAUUUUGCAAUGAACAAGAAGCAUGCAAAAAAGAAGUUGAACGUGCAUUUGGAGUUCUUCAAUCACGUUUUGGCAUUGUAG